AUGCGCGAUUCCCUCUUCGCUAAACGCACAUUUCUCUCCCCCCUUUCAACGCCAUUGAUUCGGUCGCCUUUUCGCCUUUCCCUUCGUUAUUCCUCGUCGACGCCUCGCCUUGAGACUCACGGGCCUGGCCCUUAUUCGAAGGACUCGGCGAUAUUCAACAACAGCCUCCAGAAGACUCUUGAAGCGCACCGAUUGCAGAAUCGAAAUGGGUUGAUCCGUAAAAUAAUUCUCAAGGAUCAUCCCGAGGAACAUUCCCUCCUGGAAAAACCCGCCGUGGUCCCGGAGGAACAACCACCACUCCCAGCCGUCAACCCCCGACCUGUCUCGGCUUCAAGACCGCCUGGGUCUGCCAAAAAGAAGGCUCUCAGACGAAGCACUACUGCCGCUCAGUCGCCGGAAUGGGGGGAUGAGCGGGUACGGUGGGCCGCAAAUGCGAAACGAAACCGCCCGGAACAGUCGCCAUGGAUGGUUUACGUGGGAGGACCAAACCACGCGCAGCUCGACGGCAUCUCGCAGCUAGAUGCAGAGGUGCGCGCGCUGGACAAGUACCUGUCUCCCACAUCCCAAGAGCGAAGUCAUGUGGCGCAAGUAGUCGCGGAAGUGCACGGUCUUCUCGCAGACAUUGUACCUCGCUCCCCUCGCCUGAUCGGGCCUUGGAGGACCGGACUUGCUAUGAGCCAUUCGGACUUGGAAUUCGUCUUGCCGGUACCCGACUCGGCCCGGUCAGUUGAGAGAGAUCGGAAGCCCAGCGCUACCCGACCGCAAGUGCUUCAGACUUACGCCGACCUGCUUCGCAACGUCGAGGAUGCCCUUCGCCGGAGCUCAACAUUUGGAGAUCGGGUGCAUAUAGUCGGUAAACGAAACUCGAUCUUGACAGCUAUCCACCGCCCCACUGGACUCAGUCUACAGUUCCGUUGUGGCGAGGCCCCCCCUGCUUCCAUCGAGUAUAUCCGGGAUUACCACGCCGAGUACCCCUCGGUCCGGCCACUAUACAUGACUCUCCGUCUAGUACUCGAGUCGCGGUUUGUAUUCGGCAGCCACAACCUCUCAAUCAGCCCAGACGCUCUCGUGAUGCUCCUCGUCAGCUUCCUGAAGACCAAUCACGGGCGGUUUCGGGUAUCGGGCGGCAGUCUCGGGGAGCAACUCCUUGGCUUUCUUCAGUUCUACGGUACUACGGUCGAUCUAACCACCACGGGAAUCUCCGUCGACCCUCCGGGCUGCUUCAACGCCGAGACCGUCAAGUCCGCCAGCAAGGAAUACGAGCCCGAUGGCAUGCCUGCCUACCUCCGUGGCCAACGAGCCCUCGUCAAUCUCAAAAGAACCGCCGCAUCCAGGCGCAAUCUGCCCACGGCUUCGCGGCUUUGCAUCCAAGACCCGGCUAAUUAUAUGAAUGAUCUCGGCCGCUCAUGCACGCGCACGCGGGACCUCCAAGCCGCAUUUGCGCAGGCAUAUAGCUUGAUCAGGGCGUCGUUGGACACCCACAAGACUGCAAACGAUGGUCGUCCCGGUGAGAGUCUGCUGGUGCACGCUCUGCGGGCUAACUUUGAUGACUUCAGUCGAGUGCGUGCCCGUAUCGCCUCUGCUGUUAGAGGUUCAGCUGCAACCUCCAUUGUGAAAUAG